AUGGGCACAGCGUGGGUGGGCGUCUUCCUCAUGGCUCUGGACGGGACAAUCGUCGCCACGCUUGCCGCCCCGAUUUCGAGCGAGUUCCGAUCACUGAACAUGCUGUCAUGGAUUGCCACGUCCUAUCUCAUCUCUGCCGCCGCAGUCCUUCCCAUCACCGGUCGACUUACAGACAUCUUCGGCCGUGGCCCAGGCCUGGUCAUAAGCAACAUUCUCUUUGCCGCCGGCAACCUCAUUUGUGGCAUGGCUACAGACCAGUACACAAUGUUGCUGGGCCGCGCCCUCGCCGGUUUCGGUGGCGGGGGCUUGCGAAGCAUCCAAAACUUCCUCGCCUCCGACUUGGUGCCACUGCGCCAACGUGGUAUGACCCAGGGCAUUGCAAACCUGUGCUACGGCUGUGGAGCAAUGCUAGGGGGGUUAAUUGGUGGUCUGAUCAACGAUAAUGCGCCCUUGGGAUGGCGGAUGGCGUUUCUCGCCCAGGUCCCGCCAUCGCUACUCUCCGCCGUAGCAGUAUUGUUCUUGGUCAGGGUCCCCCCUAAGCAGUCUGAUAAAUCAUAUAUCGCGCGUAUCGACUUCUACGGCGUCUUCAUGAGCUUUUCGUGCACCAUACUUAUGCUUUUGGGGCUGAAUUCCGGGGGCAACUUGGUACCUUGGUCGCACCCUCUGCCCCUUACCACAAUUCCGCUUUCUAUCCUCCUAUUCAUCGGCUUCAUCUGGUGGGAAACCAAGGCAUUCCAACCCAUCAUCCCAGUCAAGCUUCUGUUGAACCGGACAAUCCUCUCUGCCGCCCUCACAAACUUUUUCACCGACAUGGUCAUCAUGUCUGCUCUCUUCUACAUGCCGCUAUACCUCCAGGUUAUUGGAUAUUCCGCCACAAAUGCUGGCCGUAUGGUCCUGCCUUCCCCAAUUGGUGACUCCCUCGGGGCCCUUGGGGCGGGCUACUUUAUGAGACACACGGGCAAGUAUAUCUGGUUAGGUAUCCCGAGCGUCAUGCUCUUGGUUAUGGCUACGUCCUUCUUCUCGUUGCAAACCGAAACCAGCCCAGCUUGGUACAGCACCAGUGGAUUCUUCCUCCUUGGAAGUAGCUACGGCAUCAUGCUAACAACUACGCAAGUUGCGUGCGUCGCGGCUGUCGACCACACACACCAAGCCGUAGUCGGCUCAGCCAUCUUCUUCAUCCGGAGCCUGGGUAGCACUCUGGGCGUCACUACAGCAUCUGUGGUGUACCAGAACAUCCUGUACAACCAGCUGUGGUCCAGGUUUGGUGACUGGCCUGAUGCCGCUAACGAGAUUGGACGCAUUCGGGAACAUCUGGAUGAGUUGAAGCACCUCCCAGAUGGGUGGUACGACGGCGUUAUGCGGUCAUUCAUGGAGGCCUUUCGUGGCGUCUGGUUAAUGAUGCUUGGCCUGGCGCUGACAGCUCUUUUUUGCAUCUCAGGAAUGAAACAGCACCAGCUCCAUUCACGGCUCUCCAGGUAA